UUAAACACAAGAAGAAGAAGAAUUUGUCUAUGUUCAUCUUGAGAGAAAAGGUGGAUGUGAUCUGCUGUAAAUCAGUAGGAACUGAUCUGUCCAUGCUGCAUAUUGAUGAUUUCAUCACAGAAAUCUCUCAGCUGAAGAAAGAGGUGAUGUCACUGAAGACAAAACUGAUGGAGAGAGAGGACAGGUUACAGGAGCUGGAAAAGGUUUCCUGUCAAUCUUCAGUGUGUGUGACUGAUGUGACCUCCACAGAAUGUCAGGAUUCAGUGUGGAGCGGCAGAGAUCAGUCCACACCACAGCGACUGCUGGACAAACUCUCUGAACAGAGAUCCAGAGACACACAGGACUCACAGCUCACUUUACUCUGUUCUACUGAUGGUAAUCAGGGUGAUCAAACCUCCACAGAGUCUCUGACUUCUGUCUGUAACGCUGGAGAACAGCAGAUGCUGCAGAUACCAGUGAAGAUUGAAGUGAAACAGGAGGAGAUAAAAGAAGAGGAACGACAGAGUAAUGAAUAUGAUUAUCAAACCUCCACUGAGUCUCUACCUUCUGUCUGUAACACUGGAGAACAGCAGAUGCUGCAGAUACCUAGGGUUUCCGCAGAAACCCUGACACCAGUGAAGAUGUGUUCAGUGAAGCUGCUGGACUGCAGGAACUUGAUGAAGAUAAGAGGAGAAAUCAAAGUAGAGGAACAACAGAGUAAUGAAGAUGAUGAUGAUCAAACCUCCACAGAGUCUCUGGCUUCUGUCAGUAAUGCUGGAGAACAGCAGAUGCUGCAGAUACCAGUGAAGAUUGAAGUGAAGCAGGAGGAGAUAAAAGAAGAAAACACAGCAGAGGAACAACAGAGAGAUGAAGAUUAUUAUAUUUCCUCAGAGCUGAUGGAAGUGAAAGAGAAAUGUCAAGAACUGAAUGAAGUGGAGGAGAAACUUAAUUGUCAGAAACAUCAUGAUCUCACAACUGGAGAAAAAUCUUUGAGUUACUCAAAGACUAAGAAGAAUUUAUCACCAAAAAAGCAUAAAAGAAGAGCAGCCAAUAAUACUGUCACCUGCUCACAAUGUGAAAAGAUUUUCUCAAAUAAAAGCCGGCUUAAUAAACACAUGAAAGUUCAUAUUGGAGAGAAACCUUACAUGUGCCAUCAGUGUGGGAAACAUUUUGCAUAUACAGUUUGUCUCAAAGGUCAUCUCCGUUGUCACUCUGGAGAGAGACCAUUUGAAUGUGACAAGUGUGGUAAAACAUUUGUUUUGAAUUUAAGCCUAAGAAAACAUCUGAAAACUCACACAGAUGAGAAGCCUUACAAGUGUUAUUUUUGUGGAAACCGUUUUCCUCACCUGUCCUAUUUGAAAAUGCACCAGAAAAUACAUACCGGUGUGGGGGCUCAUAUGUGCUUUGAAUGUGGGAAGGCCUUUAUUACAGCCGGCAGCAUGAUACAGCACCAAAGAAUUCAUGCUGGAGAAAAACCAUACAAGUUCUCAAACUGUGGAAAGAGUUUCACUUGGUCAGUAUGCCUAAAAGAACAUGAGAGAAUCCAUACUGGAGAAAAACCUUACAAGUGUUCACACUGUGGAAAGAGUUUCACUCUAUCACAAAGCUUGAAAACACAUGAGAGAAUCCAUACUGCAGAAAAACCUUACAAGUGCUCACACUGUGAAAAGAGUUUCACUCAGUCACAAAGCCUGAAAGAGCACGAGAGAAUCCAUACUGGAGAAAAACCUUACAAGUGCUCACACUGUGGAAAAAGUUUCACUCUGUCACAAGACCUGAAGAAACAUGAGAGAAUCCAUACUGGAGAAAAACCUUACAAGUGCUCACACUGUGAAAAGAGUUUCACUCAGUCUCAAAACCUGAAAACACACGAGAGAAUCCAUACUGGAGAAAAACCUUACAAGUGCUCACACUGUGGAAAGUGUUUCAUUCGGUCACAACACCUGAAAACACACAAGAGAAUCCAUACUGGAGAAAAACCUUACAAGUGCUCACACUGUGGAAAGAGUUUCACUCUGUCACAAAACCUGAAAGAGCAUGAGAGAAUCUGUACUGACAAGUGUUCACUCUGUGGAAAGAGUUUCACUCUGUCACAAAGCUUGAAAACACACAAGAGAAUCCAUACUGCAGAAAAACCUUACAAGUGCUCACACUGUGGAAAGAGUUUCACUUGGUCAGUACGCCUAAAAGAACAUGAGAGAAUCCAUACUGGAGAAAAACCUUACAAGUGCUCACACUGUGGAAAAAGUUUCACUCUGUCACAAGACCUGAAAAGACACAAGAGAAUCCAUACUGGAGAAAAACCUUACAAGUGCUUACACUGUGAAAAGAGUUUCACUCAGUCACAACAACUGAAAAGACACGAGAGAAUCCACACUGCAGAAAAACCUUACAAGUGCUCACACUGUGAAAAGAGUUUCAAUCAGUCACAAAACCUGAAAGAGCACGAGAGAAUCCAUACUGGAGAAAAACCUUACAAGUGCUCACACUGUGAAAAGAGUUUCACUCAGUCACAAAACCUGAAAACACAUGAGAGAAUUCAUACUGGAGAAAAACCAUACAAGUGCUCACACUGUGAAAAGAGUUUCACUCUGUCACAACGACUGAAAAGACACGAGAGAAUUCAUACUGGAGAAAAACCAUACAAGUGCUCACACUGUGAAAAGAGUUUCACUCUGUCACAACGACUGAAAAGACACGAGAGAAUUCAUACUGGAGAAAAACCAUACAAGUGCUCACACUGUGAAAAGAGUUUCACUCUGUCACAAGACCUGAAGAAACAUGAGAGAAUCCAUACUGGAGAAAAACCUUACAAGUGCUCACACUGUGGAAAGAGUUUCACUCGGUCACAACACCUGAAAACACACAAGAGAAUUCAUACUGGAGAAAAACCUUAUAAGUGCUCACACUGUGGAAAGAGUUUCACUCUGUCACAAAACCUGAAAACACACAAGAGAAUCCAUACUGGAGAAAAACCUUACAAGUGCUCACACUGUGAAAAGAGUUUCACUCAGUCACAACAACUGAAAAGUCACGAGAGAAUCCAUACUGCAGAAAAACCUUACAAGUGCUCACACUGUGGAAAGAGUUUCACUCUGUCACAAAACCUGAAAGAACAUGAGAGAAUCUGUACUGGAGAAAAACCUUACAAGUGCUCACACUGUGAAAAGAGUUUCACUCAGUCACAACAACUGAAAAGUCACGAGAGAAUCCAUACUGCAGAAAAACCUUACAAGUGCUCACACUGUGGAAAGAGUUUCACUUGGUCAGUACGCCUAAAAGAACAUGAGAGAAUCCAUACUGGAGAAAAACCUUACAAGUGCUCACACUGUGGAAAAAGUUUCACUCUGUCACAAGACCUGAAAAGACACAAGAGAAUCCAUACUGGAGAAAAACCUUACAAGUGCUCACACUGUGAAAAGAGUUUCACUCAGUCACAACAACUGAAAAGACACGAGAGAAUCCAUACUGCAGAAAAACCUUACAAGUGCUCACACUGUGGAAAGAGUUUCACUCAGUCACAAAGCUUGAAAACACACAAGAGAAUCCAUACUGGAGAAAAACCUUACAAGUGCUCACACUGUGAAAUGAGUUUCACUCAGUCACAACAACUGAAAAGACACGAGUCAAUCCAUACUGCAGAAAAACCUUACAAGUGCUCACACUGUGGAAAGUGUUUCACUCAGUCACAAAACCUGAAAGAACACGAGAGAAUCCAUACUGGAGAGCAACCUUACAAGUGCUCACACUGUGAAAAGAGUUUCACUCGGUCACAAGACCUGAAAACACACAAGAGAAUCCAUACUGGAGAGAAAUCAUACAACUGCUCUUCAUGUUUUAAAAGUUUCAGGGCAGCAAGUAAUCUACAUAAGCAUGUAAAAAAGAAUUGCCCAAGUAGACACACUGAGCAAAAAUCAUCAUCAGGUCCAACAAGAUUAAAUAAAUAGUUGGAAAGAUGAUUCCAAAGAUGCAAUUUUUCCAAAUUGAGUAGCAUCCUCGAAGAAAAUUAGUGAUGUUUCAUUUGUAAAUAAAUCAGUCUUUUUGAACCAGUCUUUUAAGUAAACUAAUUGUUCUCAUUCACCUCCAUACACUGACUUAGACUUCAUGUUUAUUGACUUCUCUCCCUUUCGAAGCCAAUAAGCUCUAGUUUGUUGUGCGAGAAUGGUUUGGUGAUUUUUUCAUGCCUGUAAAGACUGUCUAUAGUGCAAGCAAAUAGGAUCUGAGUGCAGGAGCAAUUAUUGGUUUCACCGGCUGAACGAAUACACCACUGAAUCAGUUGUGUCGGUUGUUUGAGUCUGAUUGAAAUAAAGUAUGUAUUCUUUGUACUGAACCAAGAGGUCAGUGUGUGACGUUGUGGUCUUCUAUUUGUCACGUUUCCUCUCGUCAUGCAGAUUCACUGUUCAGAGUUCACCAAACUUAAACUUUCAAUACGCAGCGUAGUAUGAAAUUUCUUCAAUGAGGUUGCCAUUAUUGAUUGAGUACAUAUAAAAUCAGUGUUCAAAAAUGAUAUCUUUGCCUUACCCAGAUUCACUACAGUAAGCCUACAAAAAGAAUAAGUAUUUUUAGUUGUCGGGUCGGAUUUGGUGCGAAAUCGCAGGCAUAUGUCAGUCAUCCUUGCGUCUUUACGUCAUGUCUGUAAACCCACAAAAGAAGUACAGGUCAUUGUGUGCCCUGGUGGGGGAAGCGAUGCUGUUCAGUCACAGUUCAGGACAGCAUCGCAGCAGUCCGGUUGGACGUUUAUCUGUCAACUGUUUGGCAAAGUUUUUUACUUGCUAAAAUGCUUGGAAAUAUUUUCUGGUAGGGGUUUUGAAGUUUAUAUUGCUUUUCAUGCUUUUAUGAAUUGAACAUUACUUAUGUGUUAACUGCUUCCGAUGUAUCUACGCUUUCUAUGGAAAAUUCCUGUAACAUGUUUACUGACAUUCAUGACUUAUGAUAAUUUAAUAAUAUUGUUGUUGUUUUGAGGUUCCCUAAGUGUGCGUGUGUGCGAGCAUUCCACCGUUUUCUCAUUGCUUUUACCCCAGUCAUAUAAAUGCUCAAGUUAUCACUUUCCUUUUAGCAGAUAGUCUGUUAAAAAGCCACUAAAAGUAAAGUUUCUAGAUGGUAGUUCCCCAUGAAAUGUAUAAACAUCUCAAGUUGUUUAUAAUGCACCACUUUUAUACACAGCAAUGUACAUAUUAAUUUUAGUGUGUUAACAUGAAACUAUUAUAUUGCACAUUAUUUUACUGUUUAAUAAAGUAUAUUUCGUU